UCCAUUCUAUAGCUGUAGCAGACAUAGAUAGUAAUAUGUUUUACGACAGUUAAAACCACUGGAUGAUACAUAAUGCUUGAUAUGAAUGAAGCGUGCUUUUAACGAAGAGCCUUCCAAAAGGCAACAUCCCGAGGACACAAUCGUUAUACCCAAGGCGAAGACACUUUUACCUGAAGAACUCGAUCUAGUCUCGUUGCAUAGAGAUAUAAGCCAAUAUUGGCGCAAUGCAUCAUCGGUAGAAGAUGGUUACGACUUUAUUUCAUUAGGUCUACCAACGCCGGGACGCCCUGAAGAAUCAGAGGCUGUAUGUGAUGACGAGGAGGAUGACCGUCUGUUCCAGAAGCUAUUAGCAUCUGUAGAACUGAGUUACAUCCCACAGGAACUCAUACAAAUUGACUAUACCCAGCCGCGAGGCCAGGAGUCGAUCAAUGACAUGCCGGAUGGCAAGCAAUCAAUUCGCCGUAUAGAGGAGGUGAUGGAACGCGAAGCCAACGAAGUUGACCCCGAGGACACUGAGAUGCCUACUGUCAGACAGAGUCUGCCGAUAGAUGACGAUGCCAUGGAUGUUGACUUGGCAGACUACCACUACUCAUUCUGUGAAGAAGAUGAUGGUUAUUAAUAGCUGACAAGCACUUGGCAAAGCACAGUGCAUCCACUAGGGAGAAUAUACUAAUUUCUAAGUAAUAUCGCAAUA